AAAUGCUGAACCGGACGCAGACGAAUUAGAUAAGCACAUCUUCAGGUAACUGCUUUUCUCAGUGUUCCGUUAAAUCGUAUACAACUGGCAUUUGCCAAUUGGCAAUAUGAGGAGGAAGAGACAAAUCUCGGAUCAGGAAGCGAUUGACUUUUUAGAGGGGCGCGGGGCCGAAGAUUUGGUCGAAUUUCCGAAGAAAAGACUCGGGUCCGGCGAUUGAACAUCCGACGAUAACCGGACUCGCGCCGCACUUUGAUCGAAGAAACAGGCAAGCUGGGGCAGGCGUUAGGCAAAAUAAGGGAAAGAAGUCGGCAACUUGAAGGAUCCUUCUUUCAACUAAACCCUUCAUCGAGCCGUAAAUGGCCAAGGAUCAGAAGACCACCAAGCGUUCCACCCUCGCUGAUGUUGUCACUCGCGAGUACACCAUUCACAUGCACAAGCUCGUCUUUGGCAGAUCCUUGAGAAAGCGUGCUCCCCAUGCUAUCAAGGCCGUCAAGGCUUUCGCCGAAAAGGCCAUGGGCACCAAGGAUGUCCGUAUCGAUGCUGGUCUUAACAAGGCCAUUUGGGCUCGUGGUGUCAAGCACAUUGACCACCGUAUCCGUGUCCGCAUUGCCCGCAAGCGUAACGACGAAGAAGAUGCCAAGGAGAAGCUCUACUCCUAUGUCACCUAUGUUCCCGUUUCCAGCUUCAAGGGUAAUUUCGCUUUUUGUCGUUUGCUUGAUUACAAGUUCAAUAUUAACCAACCAAUCUCAUGUAUACCGUAGGUCUCGAAACCGUUGUUGUCGAUGACGAGUAAAGAUGCGACUGUCUUGCAAACAUUGGAAAGAAUUUUGUGCCAAUAAAUUUAAUAUCAGGUCGCGCAAACGGUCUUAAAAAAAACAAUCGUCAAUGGUAUUGGAUU